UGGCUGCCGCCAUUGAAAAUCCAAAUCCGUUGAUGCCUCAGGACAUACUAAGUGAGGUACACAAGUUUCUUCAUGGCACCAGUAGCAAGGGUAAUGUGAACAGCGAGGCGUUGACUCAGUCAGCCCUGUUCCUCCUGCGAACAGUCCCGGUAGCUCGACACGCAGUGCUGGAACAUUUUUUCAAUGUCUUUGACGAGGCUGUCCAUGAGCAUCUUCUCCAGAUGCACAUUGGACACAAGGUGACAGACGAAAGAACAAAAGACAUAGAGGGAAUUUUGCGAGACAUAUCCGGUGUCCUGCUAAGCUUUAUUCAGACCAAUCCUGAAGCAUGGGCACCAAUACUGUCAAGUUGGUCUCUGGAGCUGCUUGGACAUGUGAGUUGCAAGUAUGCCAAGAAGAGAGGCAUUCCACAUUCAAAUUCCCUCAACGAGAUUCUUCAGGUGUGGAUGACGUGCAGGCCCACCCAGCUGCUGAUGGAGCUCGCGACAGAGUGCUUCUCUGCAAUGGUGGGAGGAGCUCCAGACAAGUGUGUUGAUGCUCUGUUGGAAGCGUCUGUCAAGUACAGCCCGCACUUUGACUGGGUCGUCGCUCACAUCGGGUCUUGUUUUCCCAAGAUGAUAAUCACACGGGUGUUAAACUGCGGUCUCAAGGAUUUCUGCAGCGCCGAGACCGACCCAGCGGGUCGAGACGUGUCCGCUCGCAUGAAGAUUCCCAAAAUGGCCUCCGUCGUUGGAAUUCUUGGCCACCUGGCAUCAAAACAUGGACAAGAUAUUCGACACGCAUUGAUGAAUCUAUUUGAGGACAGUUUGCAGGGUGACAGUAGCCCAGUCAAAGUGACGACAGUUCCGUUCCUACUGCAGCUGGCCUCGAUGUCUCCCAUGCUGCUUCACGUUCUCACAACCGACAUGAUCAAAUCAUUAACCCCAGUUGUGCUGAAUAAACUUCACAAACAGUUUGCUACUUGGAAAAAAACAAAUGCUCAAGAGUACUUCAGCCUGUUGACCCUUGUAGUUCAUCUGGCCAUCAAAACUGAUACUGGGAGCUAUGAUGUUCUCCAUUUUCUCGUUACGACUGCCUCGCCAAGAAUUCAGUCAGAUGGCAUGGAGGUAGAAUGCCCAGUGAAAGAAGUUCAGGAAACAUGCAGCGAACUUGUGAACAAGUUGUUACAGGAGUUACAGCGCCUGGUUCACUGUAAGAAACGAGACCCGGCAUCCUGCGACGUGCCGCUCAUUGCAGGUCUGACACCCAGUAUAGGCAAGCUCGUCGAACUGCUCAUGGAAAGUGAGGGACAAAGUGUGAUGUGGCUUCAGAAGCUGCUCAUAUGUGUUGCCUUGUACUGUGGACAAACCGGUGCUGCUUCCAUUCUGGCUGGAGUUAUUGCCCAUGCUAAGAGGGCACCUCAGUCGAUUGUUUUUCUGAGACUUCAAAAAGGAAUUGAGACAGUGUUUCCUGAUGUGAUUACCAUGACUGUUGAUCACGUGUUUAGUUUACUGCUUCCACAUAAUGAGAUCAGUCACCUUCAGCUGUUGAAAAAUCUCCUUUUUCUCGUCCAGUGGGAAAGGAAAACCGAAUCAUUUAAGAAAAAGACUACAAGUUCUCGACUGCGUCAUUGUCUACAGAAUCACAUGAGAUCACUUUCGUCGCUGAUGCUUCACCCAGACCGGGAGGUGUCCGCGGCGGUGCUCAGUAUUCUGACUCACAUCAACAUCCCUCCAGCAGUCGAUGCCACAACUCUCACUCACCUCUGCAGUGCUUUGUCGUCUACUUUCUUCAGAAUGCUCGAAAUCUCUGAUAACAUGAUAAUGUUGCGUAGAAUCCGUCUCUGCAAGAAUUGCUGUCGUCAAAUACAGACACUUCCUAUAGCCAGAUCCAUGCUGCUACAGUUCCUGACCGAGGGAGCCGUUGUCAGUGAAAAUGCUCUGCUGUUUGGUGGAAAGCUCCAGCCUGGUUCCAGAAGUGACAGUAAAGACUUUGUUUCCUUGCUCGCAGAAAACCGCAAAAGUGCAUUAUCUCUGACUCUGACUCGGUCUCACUCCAGUGUUUUUCAUGCAGGUGUCAUUGGCCAGGGACUAAAACCUAGAUCUGCUACAGACAUUUUACCAAAGGAUGUGGUAGCACGGAACAUCCGAAGCUUGCUCGACGUACUAUGGAUCUGUGGUCAGGAGAGUCCGAUGGAUAGCUCUCUGGAUGACAUGAUGGACAAUACACAGGAAUCUCUGCACAACGAACUGAACGAACAUGCAGCAAUAACCAUGGCAACCACAGUGGUUAAUUUUGUCACCCCAGACGUGCUGUAUAAUGAUAUCUUUUGGCCAGAUGAAGAGUUUCUGCGAAUUUCCUUGGAAAGAGAUCUAGUGGUAUGGAAGAAAUUCGAAUCACAUCCAGUGCUUUGGGAUCUGCUUGGUGCAUUUUCUUCAAAUGCUGUGUUUGUGUACCACAUGUCACCUGUGUUGAGAUGUCUUCUGGGAAGUGUGCUGACCCAUUAUGACAGUGUCCACGACAAGGCCAUGCGGAACUCGCCUAAACACUUUGAAGCAGCUUGUAAACUGAUUCACUGUCUAGGCCGGAGUGGAAUGCUACCAAGACCCAUGUCAAAUAUCGGAGAAAUUUUCUACUAUGCAACCCCCUACGAGGGCUAUCUGUUGCUAAUUGGUGUGUGGAGAUACAUCAAGGAAAACCCACUAACCUGCAACAAAUUGGAAAUUGAAAAUAGAAAGUGUGAUGACAAGUUUACCACAGUGAUCAGUUCCGUGAUUCAUUCCAAUGUGCACACGAUGGGUCACCUGUACACUCGCUUCAUCAAUCUCAUCCAAGUGUGAUGACUCGCGCUUCAUCAAUCUCAUCCAAGUGUGAUGACUCUCGCUUCAUCAAUCUCAUCCAAGUGUGAUGACUCGCGCUUCAUCAAUCUCAUCCAAGUGUGAUGACUUUCAUCAAUCUCAUCCAAGUGUGAUGACUCAUGCUUCAUCAAUCUCAUCCAAGUUUGAUGACUCUCGCUUCAUCAAUCUCAUCCAAGUGUGAUGACUCUCGCUUCAUCAAUCUCAUCAUCAAUCUCAUCCAAGUGUGAUGACUCUCGCUUCAUCAAUCUCAUCCAAGUUUGAUGACUCUCGCUUCAUCAAUCUCAUCCAAGUGUGAUGACUCUCGCUUCAUCAAUCUCAUCCAAGUGUGAUGACUCGCGCUUCAUCAAUCUCAUCCAAGUGUGAUGACUCGCGCUUCAUCAAUCUCAUCCAAGUGUGAUGACUCUCGCUUCAUCAAUCUCAUCCAAGUUUGAUAACUCUCACUUCAUCAAUCUCAUCUAAGUGUGAUGACUCUAGCUUCAUCAAUCUCAUCCAAGUUUGAUAACUCUCGCUUCAUCAAUCUCAUCUAAGUGUGAUGACUUUAGCUUCAUCAAUCUCAUUCGAUGGACAAGUGAAAGGCCACUACACAGACUUGUCUCUCACCAACCACUGACCCAUUGUCCUGAACUGACAACCUAGAUAGCUGAGGUGUCUGCCUAGGACAACUUGCUUGAACCUUGUUUGGAUUAAAGCAUGCAAUUAAAUGUCUGAGAAAUGUGUCUUCAGUCUGGGUUGGAGCUGUAAGGCCAGCUUAAACAGCUUUACUCUCAAUAGAUUAACUAUUAGGACACAAGGGCCAGUUGACAAAUUCUGUGAACAAUUCUAUUUUGUAUUGCGAGUUGCCCAGUUAGGUAGGCUGAACUGAUAUGUUAACUGAUAACCAAAGUUAAACGUUUGUUUUUGAUUAAUGGCACCUCUUGAUUUAACCAAUAACCAAGUGCUCAAAAGUAGAUGUCAAAAUAAAAUGAAUGCUAAAUAAAACUGAAAAAUUAUAUCCCUAAA